AUGGCUAAUCUUCAUCCCGUCGGGGCUAUGCCUCGUGAGAUCCCACCACAAAUGCAUCAGCAGCUUCAAGCCUCAUGGCCUGUAAGGUCCAUGCCUCAGAGCAACGGCGUCUUUGCAGGGCCUCCGGCAUAUAUGUCUGUCAACACACAACCCUACCACCAUCCCCCACUCCCCCCUACGGACCUGCAUGGUUCCCCAGAAAUUCAAAUUUCCCAAAGCAGAAGCCCUCAAAGAUACAGGGCUCUCCGCCUUGAAAAGGCAUCCAGUGGUUCCUCCUGGGAGGAUACCAUCAUCUCUGAAAAACCCAUGUCUCAAUCUGUGAUUCGAGACAGAAUUGAUUGGCUUCAGAAGAACACAAGUUCCGUCACGAAAAAGAAGCAGGAAAAGAAUGAAGACAUUCAGAAUCAAAUCAACAAGGCUCAAGCUGAUCUGACCAGGGGAGACCGUGAUGUUCGGUUCUACUACAAACUGGCUCAGCUUGAAUCUGAAUGGCGGGCGGCAGACGAUCGCCGACGAGAUGACAGAAGUGAGCGGAGCUCUAAAAGACAUAGAGGCCACUCAAAGAGAAACAAGUUCCCCAAGUUGGAGAGAGUAGCAGUUGUUGCAUACUUUGUGAGCACGCCUGCUACUGAUCGACAUGGCUCCAGACCUCAUACCAACAUGCCCCCAAAACAGUCGAAGCAAACCCAACAUUCGCAGACUGCCCAGAAAAGUGCGGAGGCUUUGUCUCCUGUCACUUCGAGUUUCACUCGUCCUUUUCCUUCAAGUGCCCACGGAAAGGCACCCCUGGUGGCUGAUCCAAGGCUAAGAAGCCAGCCCAAACCUAUCAUCACACAACAGGCUAUUACACCUCAAGUCUCCCAAGUCUCUCAAGUCUCCCAAGCACAGCUACCUUAUCAAGGCACCUUCAACAUGUCAAAGCAGGAUGGCAUGGCGUCAGCGAGACAUAACGUAGCAAUCCCUCAAACUAUGAACCCCACAGGACGAGCACAGGGGCAGGUCUCUGUUGGGCAACCACCGAAGCUGCCACCAAUUCAACUUCCACUUCGCCCUCCUCAGGUUCCAGGGCCUCUGUCAGUACCAAAAGCUCCACCAGCAAUGCCAACAGCAGGCCCAGGCGCACCGAAAGGAGCCACUGGCACAAGUAAACAGCCGACUGCACCAAAAGUGGUCAUGACAGAGUCGAAGCCAAAUGUCAAGGAUACCAUCAAGGUUUAUCAUGUCUCAGACCAGAGUUCCUCGUCGUCUGAUGAUGGCUGGUCGGAAGAUGAAAGUGAAGGCACAACACCAUCAUCUAUCAGCUCAGAUCAAAGCUUGGGGCAGCGUGGCCGAGGACGAAGUCCCAAACGCACUCAUCCAGACCACCACGGAAACGUGAUCAUCCAAGAUACCCGCGAAGCCGAAGGACGUGAUAAUCCGUCGCAACGACAACGUGUGCGGUUUAACUCCCCAGACAGGUACCUUUACCGAGAAGAAAGUCGCUCGCCAAGGGGAAAAUACCACUCCCGAUCACGGACAGAAGAGUCACGGAGAGUAGAGCCACCACGUAUCAUCCAAGUACCAAGACACAGCGUCCGUCAUGUACCCGGCCUUGCACCUCGACGUGACACCUCCAACGACAAAUACAACAGUGGCGAGAGACCACUGGAGCGGGCACGAUUGAGCGACUCUUACCAUGACCGUAACAUCCCAAGAGACAAUGACCGCUUCAAGUAUCUUGAGGAAGAUGCUCAACGGCGACGUGAGUUCAGGGAGAGACGAGAUGAUCGAAGAGAAGACGGCGACAAGUAUGCGGAAUCAGAUUCUCGAUGGAGUGAUCAGCAAGCUCGAGACUACAUGCAUCAAAGAGAAGCACGCCGUUCAUAUCGGUAUCAUGGAUAA